UCGCUCCCAUCGCGCGCCAGUACCGUUGGGCGCUCGUUGGGGACGGACGUACGCUCCCGCUCCGCCGACUCCAAACCCUCCUCACGAAACAAGUUUCACACUUCUGUUUCUAAAAACUAUUAUCAAAAUACGAAACACCACCAUGGACUACGGCAAACCAGUGAAAAAAACUCUCGCCCAAACAAAUUCGACCAGUUAAAAAACUAUUCUUGUGCUGUUUGUGAUUACUUUUAUCUACAUCGAUAGAACGCGAAGGUGUAAUAAGAACGCGAGUGCGAUUGUUUGUUGUUUUGAAACAAAAGGUACAUUCCGUUGGAAGUUUGAAUUUUCUGUUUUUUGUUUUUUAUCUGAGGACGCAUACGAAUAGCGCGUUGAAAAGAGACAAGAUGCGGUCUCACCGGGCAAGAGCGACAGGUGUGGCGGCUUUGGCGGUUCUGUUGGCAGCUAUAACAGGAUGCUCAGCGCAGACUCUCAGGAUAUUCCCAAUGCAGACACACCAGACCGUGGCAGUGGGCAAGUCUGUGGUGCUGACCUGCCAGGCCGACGCGCCUGAUCCCUCGCUCGUGACGCAGCCGCAGUGGAAAGACCCCAAAGGACUCGUCAUCAACGAUGCCACAUCUGGCACGCGACCAGAGAUCUACACUGAACUGCUACCGACGAAGCAGUCCCAGCUGCUGUAUAUUUCCUCCAUUACCCAAGCCAUGGCUGGGAACUAUACUUGUGAAGCGGCGUACACUAACAUUCCCAUGAGCGCUAGCGUCGUUUUGGAAACGUUUGUUGCCAUUACAUGGACAAACGCCAACGAAAACCAAUACGCGACGAAAGGAAAGGACUUCAAAGUUAUGUGCGAAGUGACUGCCAAACCCGCGCCAUCAGUAGAUUGGUUCAAGGAAGGAAAUUCUAUUACAACUGGCGAAAGGUAUGUCAUUCACGCAAAUGGAUUGAUGAUCAAGAACGUUCAGGAGAGUGACGAUGGCACGUACACUUGUCGGGCAGUCGUAAUUCCCACUGGAGAGUUGGCUGAAAGAAACAUCAAAUUGGAGGUUUACACUGCUCCAGAAAUGGAAGAACGUGAGACUAGGGUAGAAAUAAAAGAGGGAGAGUCAGCUGCUAUUACAUGCAAAGCCAAAGGCAAGCCCCCACCAACUUACACUUGGAUUAAGGCUGCUACGCGAGAGAACUUGGCAACAACCUCGAGAUUCAGCGUUAACGAGAUCACUGGUUUGCUUACAUUUGACCGAGUCGAAGCUGGCGAUUACGGCAAAUACAUUUGCAAUGCUGUCAAUCAAGCAGGCCAGAAUGAGACUGAGAUCGAAGUGGAAGUUCUAGUCAAACCAAAGAUAUUCGAACUCUUUAAUAUCACAGCACCUGAGAGGGGUGAAGGCAGAUUGGAAUGCAGGGCUACUGGAAGGCCUGCACCGCGUAUGAGUUUCAGGAAACUGAGCAAUGCUGAACCGUUUACAAAUGGACCUAAUGACAACAAUAGGAUCACCGUUGAGACCACUGACCGCCAAACUGGAGACCAGAUGCAAUCCAGUGCUGUUAUUACCAUCUCCAAUCUGAACAGAACAGACGAUGGCUUAUACGAAUGUAUUGCUGAAAACGAUGGUGGUGAAGCAAGAAAGAAUGGCCAUUUAACUGUUCAAUUCAAACCUUCCUUCGAAAGCAUGCCUAAGGUGCCUAUCUGGAGUUGGAACGGUCAACCUGUGAACAUUACUUGCAUCGCUGAGAGUAUUCCUAACGCCACAAUAAAAUGGAGGUUCCAAGAAUACGAUCUGGUUGAGUCUCCUCAAGUGAAAAUAUUUGGUUCUGGUCCUAUCAGCUACGUCACAGUUAUUCCAACCGAUCGUCAACUGUAUGGAAACUAUAAAUGUAUAGCUACCAACAGUCUUGGUGAAGCUGAGCACAUCACUCAGUUGAGGGAGGCUUUCCCUCCAGGCCCUGUCGUGCAGGCACGACAAGAAACGAUCACAGCAACAUCUGUAUCCUUCGGCAUUGUAGGCCCCGCUGAGGACAUGGGUCCCCCAAUUCUAGCCUUCACUACCCAAUACAAAGAGAACAACAAUUUCGACUGGAAUCUGGCCAUGAACAGGACUUGGUCUGUCAACUCUCCUUACAUUGUGGAGAAUCUCCAGCCAAUGUUCACUUACGACUUUAGGUUCGCUGCCGUCAACCAGGUCGGAGUCGGCUCUUGGGGCGCCCCGAUUACUGUCAUCAUGCCGAGGAGGUCGGCCCCAGAACAGCCGAAGUGGAGAGAAGCGAUAAGCUCCGAAUCGCUUCUACAUGGCAAAUACGCAGACAGAUUUGAGCUAAAAUGGAAAAUUCCCGCUCACAACGGGGAACCCAUUGACCUGUAUGAAAUAACUUAUUGCCCGGUUAUCAAAGUAGUCGGCGAAUGGAAGGUCGCGUCAGACGAUCAAUGCCAUAAGGAAGAGUUAAAAUCAUUCGAGAUGAUCAGCUACGAACUGCGCGGCCUCCAGCCCGACACUAAGUACCGAAUGGAGCUGCGGGCUCACAACAUCCUGGGCUACUCCAUCCCUGCCCAACUGUACGUGCAGACUGCCCUCGGUGUGAAAAGCUCUGGAUUUGCUCCGCCUCAACUCCUGUCCAGUGGCGCCAUCAUCGGAGUGGCUUUGGCCGGUGUUUUCAUCUGCCUAGUCAUUGUAGAUCUUAUCCUCUUCUGCUUCAAGCGCCAGGGAGUCAUUGCCACUAUCUGUGGCAAACGUGCCAAGAAGCACGAAGACGAUGAAGCCAAAUUGGGAAGUCUGUACGGUUGGCGCUUCCCGCUCCCUUAUUGCAGCACGAAGCCGCGAGCGCCUCCGUCCCCCGCGCCCCUGCCGCCACCCGUCAAGCUCGUGCCGACCCCGACGGAUGAGAAGGAGCCACUAAAGGACACAUCAGACGAUGCCAUAAAAAGGAACUCGUCAGUUGAAUUCGACGGGCGACGCGUGUACGCCACGAGUGGGGGACCAAUCAUUGGCAAGAACUCGGCCGUAUAAACUAAUCAUAGAGAUGAGGCCACUCUUUUGUUGAACCGUGUGUCCACUAGCAAGGAACAUUUAGUUUUGCGAAUAUGGAAUAUUAAUUCCCAAAUUCUCUAGCCUAGGCACUUCUUGUGCUCUUCGCUUUAAAAAAGUGUAAGUUAUAUGGUUAUUUGGA